UAUUGUGCAGCCAACUCUUCAAGAACGAAAAAUGAGCAAUUCCAUUCUGGUAGAGGUUCUUUCAUUGGAGAAUUUUUGAGCUGCGGUAAUCCUUUUAACGCUGCACACACGUACAGGGAUUACACAUGUAGGGGAUUAAAACCACAGUUAAGUUAUAGGUUGAAGGGGCUGUUAAGGACUUAAGGCAACGUCUAAAUCAACACUCCCUUUGUUCUUUUCUCUAUUCCACACCUGGGAGUCCCCUGUAUCUGGAAGCUGUGGCUCUAGAUCCUAAUGGUAUAGAGAGGAAAUGGACAAGGAUAGUAAAAACAAAGGACCCCUUCUUAGAAGAACUAGCAUUCUCUUGGAAGAGCGAAGCUUGCCAUGAGAUGUAUGUUUGUGAAAUCUACGAGGGGAGGGAGCAGCCUCGUAAUAAAACGGGUGAUCCUUUCUUGACUUCUUAUUGGGUUCUGGUCUGAAUGGUGACUGUAUAAUCAUCUGGGACGACUGCAAUGAUUAACAUUCCCCGAAGGGAAGCCAGCCUGUGAGGAGGCUUGGUGUGGAAACUGGAAAUGGCAACAAGUCUUUUGAAGACAUCGCCUCUGUCUGUAAGGACAAAAUUGCUACAUCAAACAAGUUUGUCACUUUAUAAUACAUCCCAUGGAUUUUAUGAGGAAGAAGUGAAAAAAAAACUUCAGCAGUUUCCUGGUGGAAAUGUUGACCUUCAGAAGGAAGACAAUGGCAUUGGUAUUCUUACUCUGAACAAUCCAAGUAAAAUGAAUGCCUUCUCAGGUGUUAUGAUGCUACAACUUCUGGAAAAAGUAAUUGAAUUGGAAAAUUGGACAGAGGGGAAAGGCCUCAUUGUCCGUGGGGCAAAAAAUAAUUUCUGUUCAGGAUCUGAUCUGAAUGCUGUGAAAGGACUAGCAAAUCCAGAGGAUGGAAUGGCCCUAUGCAUGUUCAUGCAAAACACCUUAACAAGAUUUAUGAGACUUCCUUUAAUAAGUGUUGCGCUGGUUCAAGGUUGGGCAUUAGGUGGAGGAGCAGAAUUUACUACAGCAUGUGAUUUCAGGUUAAUGACUCCAGAGGGUAAGAUCAGAUUCGUUCACAAAGAGAUGGGCAUAAUACCAAGCUGGGGUGGCACCACUCGGCUAGUUGAAAUAAUCGGAAGUAGACAAGCUCUCAAAGUGUUGAGUGGGGCCCUUAAACUGGAUUCAAAAAACGCUCUAAACAUAGGAAUGGUUGAAGAGGUCUUGCAGUCUUCAGAUGAAGCUAAAUCUCUAGAAGAGGCACAAGAAUGGCUAAGGCAAUUUAUCCAAGGGCCACCAGAAGUAAUUAGAGCUUUGAAGAAAUCUGUUUCUUCAGGCAGAGAGCUAUAUUUGGAGGAAGCAUUACAGAAUGAAAGAGAUCUUUUAGGAACAGUUUGGGGUGGACCUGCAAAUUUAGAGGCUAUUGCUAAGAAAGGAAAAUUUAAUAAAUAACUUGUUUUUCAUGUGGAUGUAUUCCAAGUAAAGCUUCAGUAACUAAUAUGUAAUAAAUAAAUAUGAAUAUCAGAAUUACUUUGAAGGCUACUAUUAAUAUGCAGACAUCUUUUGAAUAUUGAACUCAUUCACCUUAUUUCUUACCAGUUACUCACUUGGAUAUUUACUGUGUAAUCUGGAACAUUUAGAUAAAAUAUACACUUUUAGCUUAAAACUUAUUGCUGUCAAUUUCAAUAAUAAUUCUUAGCCUAUAACCAAAGAGCAGUGUUUAAAAGGAAAAGCUUCUAUACCAAACCUAUUCCUGGUGUUACUUUUCAUAAAAUUUUUGUUGUCUUACCUGGAAAUAAUUUACCAAAAUAAUUGAAUGAGUGUUGCUGUUAAAGAACAAAAGUGGAAAGGAUCAGGGAACAAGAAAAUAGGAAAGGACAUGAUCAGUUAUUUUCUUCUGCUCCAAACAGCUGGAAUAAAAUUCAAAAGACGUACCUCACUAC